UGGGGUUCGUGUACCUUGCUGGUUUAUGUUAAGUGUUUUCAGAGUAACCAAGGUGACUUGUAGAUCAGUUGUUGUGUGUGUAAUAAAGUUUGAGUAUAUAUAGCACUAACUGAAACUGUGGGUUAAGGAAACAAUGACAGGAUGUGUAAUUCAUUCAGGCUGGUUUAGGCAUUUGAUCUUGAAAAAUGAAAUUAUUGUGCCUAAUCAUUGGAAAAAAUAUUUCUGUACCUUUACAGUGAAGCAAAACUACUUCCAGCAUUUGUUGACUGUGGAAAAGGGACACACUGAUAUCUUGGUGGGUGUAAAAGCUGAAAUGGGGACACCAAAGUUGGAGAAGCCAGAUGAAGGUUACCUUGAAUUCUUUGUUGACUGUUCUGCAAAUGCUACUCCUGAGUUUGAAGGCCGUGGAGGAGAAGAGCUUGGCACAGAGAUAGCAAAUACACUCUACAGAGUAUUUAGCAGCGAGAGCAGCGUAGACUUGAAAUCACUUUGUAUUAAUCCCAGGGAGCACUGCUGGGUUCUUUAUGUUGAUGUAUUGUUAUUGGAAUGUGGUGGGAACCUCUUUGAUGCAAUCUCUAUCGCAGUGAAGGCAGCUCUCUUUAACACAAGAAUACCCAAAGUGCGUGUUCUGGAGGAUGAGGAAGGCUCUAAAGAGAUUGAGCUGUCUGAUGACCCUUAUGAUUGUAUUCGACUCAAUGUGGAUAAUGUGCCCUGCAUUGUCACACUAAGCAAAAUUGGAUAUAGACAUGUGGUGGAUGCUACCCUUCAGGAAGAAGCCUGCUGUUUGGCCAGCCUGCUUAUUUCUGUGACCAGUAAAGGCACCCUCACUUCUAUGAAGAAAGUGGGGAAGGGUAGCCUGGAUCCUGAGAGUAUUUUUGAAAUGAUGGAGACUGGAAAAAGAGUUGGCAAGUCACUGCACAUCGCCCUUCAGAAGAUUUUGGAUGAAGAAGAGAGUUUGGGGACCUCCCGGCAGAAAGUUGGGUUUCUGGGAUGAGUUUUUAUUAAAUGCUCACAACUGGUUUUAAUUGAUUGUGCAAUCUUGUCAGUUUUUAUAUAGAAAGAGGAUAUAUUUUUGUUCCAGUACCUUUAUCCUUCUGGCUAAGAGGCUUUAAAAAUGUUACUAAUCCUAAAGAAAGCUACAGUUAAAUGCAAAUAAGGGAAUUUGAGGUGCUUUCCAUGUGGGUAACUGUCUGCACCAAGGAAGUGCACCAGCAGCAAUUGAUGCAAUUGCCUGGGAAGCGUCUGAGUCUGUUUUCAGGAGUGACUUCUGUAGAUUCCACUUAAUUCUCAUUGCAUAUGUUCCACUUCUGCUGACCAGCUGCUGUGUCCUAGAGCAUACACAGGGAGCCUCAGUACGGCCCAAGCCACGUUUUGGGCCUCUUAAAUUAUUUUUUUUGUUCACCAGCCAGAUGAGAACAGCAUUUUGUGGAAAACUUCCUUUCAGAUGUUCUUACUUUUAUUUGAAUAAAAUGUGGUUAGAUUUUACUAUAAAUACAA